AUGGUAUAUAAAAUUGUUGUAAUUGAAAUUAGGCGUAAACUGCAGAGUGCAAAUGUUUUUGUCACAUUGUUGGAUAGCUCGUUAAAAGAUUUAAAUGUGAUUUUAUGUGAAGACCAUUUCCAAAUUGUUAUUGGAAAGCAAACUGUUUCAAUUCCAUUAAAUGCCUUUAAGGCUACUCCUUCAACAUUGGCCUCGGUAAAAGUUGUUAAUGGCAUUGUUUCAUUUCGUUUCUUCUUAAGAAAUGUCGAUGAUAACUACUUUGGCAGCUUUUCUGUAGAGUUAAUUAAAAACAAAGUUGACUCCUUCCAAUUAGAAACCGAGAAAUAUUUAUCAUCAGGGAUAGAUUAUAACAUUAAAUGCAACAACUGUAAAAAGUUGUUAAGUAACGGUGGCCUCUGUUUUAAGAGAGUGUUGCCAUUACCCUCGGACAGUUUGGACUAUGGGGAUUGGUUUUGUCAUAACCACUUGUCUAGUUCUGUGGAUCUCAGUCCCGGCAAGUUUGAUGUUUUUUUUUCUGAUUGCUAUGUUCAUUUAAAUAAAGUCAAUUUGACACAGUUUACACAGGAGAAAAAUAUUCUCUUGUGCAGGUUUUGCUUAUAUUGGAUAGGUUGCGUUCAUAACUUUGAAACUGUUAAAUUGUGGUUCAACACUGUGCAAUUCUCUGAUAGAAAUUCCAUUAGGGUUACUGAUCCUAUGUCCGAUGUAUUAAAAACUAUCAGAAAUUGUUUUAGUCGAUGCAUAUUAAACACCGUUAAAGUUAUCCUGUGCUACCAACGACCACGACAAAACCACUACCUUUUAAUUUGGAUAUUAGAAAAGAAUCUAGAUGUAAUUUUUAAUAGAGUUGGCCAGGUUGAACCAAAAAGUGUGGCAAAAACCUUGUUUAAAUUUAUUGACCGUGAAGAUGACCAACAGCUAAGGAGUUGGCGGCUGGAUAACAAUGUUGAAAUGAUAAAUGUUUCUAAACCCAUGAUGGUGGAAAUUUUAAAGCACCUUCACUAUUAUAAUCGGUUCUUUCCUCUGGAUUUUGCACAAUCUAGUGAGUUUUUUGUUUCCUAUUUGUUACUUUAUGGAUAAUGUGGCCAAUAAAUAUGUAUUGAGAUUUCUCUGCAAAA